GGGAUUUGCAAAACAAUCAUGGCGUCGAAAUUUUCUCUAAUAGUCACCCAAGCCAGUCUAAUCUGAAGCAUCAAUUUCGUCUCGAACGGCGGAUCUUUUCACCUUUUAACAAUUUGCAGACAAACAACUGAUUGGUUAUAUGGUCCAGUCAUGUGAAACUCUCAAGGUUCUUUCUCGGGGCCAGUUAAGUGUGCCAGCUGGCCAGCGGACAUUCCCGUCGUCAGCUCCACCCAUCUAGUAUUAGGAGCAGAAGUGGGAUGGCCUGUCGUAGGCAUUGCUCACAUAGUCAUAGGGAGCAUAGAGACCAUAGAGAUCAUAGAAGACUGUACGAUAGUAAUAGUGAUGAGGACACAGACUUCUCGGAAACAGAUGACAGAAAGAAAACCUGCAUAAAAAGAACAAGUACAAUUGGGCAACCUGCGAGAUCCAAGUCCUGUUUGGUAAACCGUGUUCGUUCUCUGAGCUUAGAGAACACUAGCAGCAACGAGGAGGGCGGGGCAUCUGAUGGUCGUAGUGCCUCAUCCAUGCCUUUCUAUAUGAGUCGCAGCUACAUGCAGUCGGGAGAGGUGGGCUCAAGUCGCAGUCAGAAAGUGUGUUCCCGGUUGUCGGGUUCCUCCAAGAACUACUUCACCCUGGACUACGGGGAGCAGGCCAUGGCGGCUCCGAAUUUGUCCUGCAAUCUAAACAUGAAUAUGAACAUUAAGAUGAAUGGCCCUUGCUCUGCACCAACAGCAACAAAGGGAGAGAGACUUACUCUAGUUGUAGAUGAGACACGAUUUGUCAUUGAUCCAGAACUCUUCAGGGCAAGGCCAGAAACCAUGCUUGGAAGAAUGUUCACAUCAUCACUAGAGAACAAGUUCACACGUCCAAAUGAGAGAGGAGAAUAUGAAGUAGCUGAGGGGAUCUCUGCAACAGUGUUCAGGGCUAUUCUAGAAUACUACAAGACCGGCCUAGUGAGGUGUCCACCAAGUGUGCCUGUCCAGGAACUCCGUGAGGCCUGUGAUUACCUCCUCAUUCCAUUCGAUGCCAGCACAGUCAAGUGCCAGAAUCUGCGUGGUCUUCUACAUGAACUGUCCAACGAAGGUGCUAGAAAACAGUUUGAAGUAUUCCUAGAGGAACAGAUCCUACCUAAAAUGGUUAAUAGUGCUCAGCAUGGUGACCGUGAGUGUCACAUUGUAGUGCUUACAGAGGAGGACAUUGUGGAAUGGGAUGAUGACUAUCCUCCUCAGAUGGGGGAGGAGUACUCUCAGAUAAUCCACAGCACAGCAAUGUACAGAUUCUUUAGAUAUAUAGAAAAUAGAGAUGUAGCUAAGCAAGUUCUCAAGGAACGAGGCUUGAAGAAAAUUAGACUUGGCAUUGAAGGCUACCCAACCAACAUGGAGAAGGUGAAGAAGAGACCUGGUGGACGACAGGAAGUUAUCUACAACUAUGUUCAGAGGCCUUUUCUUCGUAUGUCGUGGGAGAAGGAAGAAGCCAAGAGUCGCCAUGUUGACUUCCAGUGUGUUAAAUCAAAGUCCAUCACCAACCUAGCGGCAGCUGCCGACGCCUCACACGACCAGGGUAUCGUCCAGCAGGACCAGGAUGGAACCAUCAACGUUAUUCCACCCCAGCCCUCCCCUUCCGAGCCCUACCCCGAUGUACAGCUGCCUCCAGAGGGCGAUGCCGACUGACUAGCUGGAGUUCACUACUGCUGCUGUUUUGCGGAUGCAUGUUUAAAAUAACUGUGAAACCCUAAAUGCAACUGUGGAGUGUUCAGUGUGCUUUGUCAGAAGAUGCUAUGAUAUAGUCUCGUAUGUCAAGUAAAUCUACAUGUUGACUGACCGGUAGUAGAAGAGCAGACUGUGGAUUAAAUACUGAAGUAAUAACGGUGGUGUUAAAGGUCAGGCAUCUGAACGCUCUGCUAGAUGGAUCUGUGUCCUUCAUCCAAGUGCCUCCUUCCAGAGUCAUAGUCACUGUUGCAUUUUGAGCUUCUGAUAACAGGAUGGAAAGAAAAGAACAUAUUUCUUGUGAAGUUUUGUCAACUUUGUGUCACAUGUCCAGUUUGUACUGCCAAGUUGAAGCAUAAGUAUUACAUGUGCAGUUCUUGACGCGACCUGUUUAACACUAGUAGCUGUUGGUCCAAGAUGAAGUAUGUUCUUUUCUUCAUCACUGCCAAAACUGAAAAAUAAAAAAGAGAAUUCCCAUGUAUGAUAUUUUAAAGUGUAUUACAUGUGUCAAUGUGUUCACCUCGUACAAUUACAUAGAGCUACAAAAUGUUUUCCUUAAUUUAUCUGUAAAUGUUGAGUAUCUGUUAAUAUAUAUAUAUAUAUACAUAUAUAUACAAGUUUCAGUGUUUUGGGGAGAAAUAUUUUCCCUUAAAAGAUAUGUUAUGGUAUGUUAAAGACAAUUCGAAAGUAUAAUUGUUUGAUAGUCAAGUAUUUCCAGAGAUGUUCAGAUUGGGUUCUUUCUUUGACCACCAUGUUUCAGUGUCAUGUUCGAUGAUUGUUGCUAUGGAAAAUGGAGAUACAUGUAUUUUAAGGUUGGUUUUAUUGAUGUCCUGGGGCUAUUAAAAAAAAGAGUUUAAUAUCUGUUUGGUUCACUUCUCACGAUGUUUAAGCUGUUGAAGAUGUACUCACAGUUUAAAGGUUUGUAUAAACACAGAUGUAAAAACAGAGUUAAUGAUACUGAAAAAUAUACCAGCUUCAGUCUCCUUGUAGAAUGUCUGGACGACCACUUCAUGAUUUUAUGUGUAUGAUUGUCAUCUAUAUACGCACAAUAUGUCAAUAACAUUUUGUAAUCAAUUUGAAUAUAGCCAAUUAUAGUAUUUGCUGCUGAUUUGAACAUUGUGUAUUUCUAUCCAUGAUUAUGUCGUCAUAUAAUGGGAAUGAUUUGAUGUAAUGUAAAUGGCAUGUACUAUGGAAUGACAUUUUACAGUUUGAAGUGUGGUUGUAUGUCUCUCAAGUUCAUUCAUAUUGUGGUGUACUUAGGAUAUUUUAUACAGUGUACGUUCACAGUGUAAGUGCUCGAUAAUUUGAUGGUUCAUAUUUCAUGUGAUUGAGUCACCUUAGCCACGUUGAUCAUACCUGUCUUCAUAGUCUUUUCCUAAACAAACACCAGUCAUGCAAGAAAUUGUUGAAGCAAUUUAGCCAGGGGGUGAACUUGAAGAAACUUGAGAUGGAAACUAGAGUUUAUCUAGCCCUACAGCCAGAGACUACUAAAUUGUAUUGAGGACAACGAUGGUAGUCUUCAUUGACUAGUAGCAUUUUAGGGCUUUAAUUCUGAACCAGUUCUCAAUGCUUCAGUUUUGAACCAGUAACAUUUUCAGCAUUAGAAACUAACAGUUUUCGUCCACUAGUCCUUAUAAUGAUAACAUAUAGCAAAACCCUUAAAAAUGGCAAUUUUCUACUAGUCCUUAUGAUACCUUUACCACUCGGCAGUUUGGCAAGGACUACAGGACUAGUGCCAAUUUCUAACCCUGAUUUUCGUCUCGUUCAAGCAAGACUAGCUAAAAACUUUGAAAACUAGCUUAUAUGGUUUCCAUUUCCUAAAUACUGAAUUUCUAAGGCUUUACUUUUCCAAGUAAGUAAGGAAUUUUUAUUUGUUUUGUUACGUGGGUUAUGAUCAGUCAAUACCAUACGUCGUCCUCAUUCACUUAUGUUAUGAAAAAGUGUGUGGAAAGACAAAGGGAAAUUCAUGGAGUUAUUGCAAGUGGACUUUUCUAUUCCUUAUGCUGGACUUUGAUCUCAAAGCACAUGUGUAAUCUGUCUUCAAAAUCACUGCAUGCUCAGUACAGGAUCAUCCAAGUAUAUUGUUUCAAUGAGGGAGUGUUCCACCAUAUCUUCCUGUGCCCAAUGACUGUAGUUCCAUCGUGGGGAAGAACUACCAUCAAGGCUAUUUAGACUGGGUUGACACAGCACUAUGUUGAGUGUACACGGUCAGACCAUGUUCGUUGAUGAACAGAUGAGCCUAUUGUCAUUUUUUUUUAAAUUUUUCAAAGUAUAAACGUAAUUUGCUAUAUGGAAAUGAACGUUUCUUUAUUACAAACCCCUGCCUGUAUUAUCAACAGUCUCCUCAGAAUAUCCUGAUUUCUUAUGUUGUCAAUACCUGAUAUUUCAGUGUAUGUAACUCUAGUAUCCAGCAAAUCUCUAGAACAUGAAACCACGGACUUGUAUAAGGUUAUAUAGGUCCGUGAUGAAACACAUUGAUCUUCUCUGGUUGUAGUGAAAUGUAAUUCCAAGGUUUUCAAGUGUUUAUUUUUAAUCUGUACUCUGCGAUGAAGACUUACUUGUAUGUACGGUUGGUACGUGAAGAGAGUAUUGCAUGAUGAACAUAUGUGGGAUGAUGUCUUGUGACUUCACAAUGUUCACAUGAAAGUACUGUUUACACUGGUGGAACAUGGAUUUGUUUUAUCUUAUCAUAAAGCAGCAACGACCAGUCAGAGAGUACAGUUGAUAGACCAUAGGUCAGAAUUGGAGGAUUGGUAAUGCUGUCUAUGAAGGUUUUGUUUGCUGCAAAUCAGUAAUGUGAGAAAUCCCAGGAUAGUGAUGGUAAAUCCCGGAAGGUUUGGGCAUAGUAUGCCAGUAGGAGUAGAAUGGUUGCUGAACACAUGAUUUAAGACAUGUGUAUGUAACACAGUUGUGUUAGUGAAGACUGUGGAAUAACACUAUCUUGUAUGUAACACAGUUGUGUUAGUAAAGACUGGAAUAACGCUAAAUUGUAUGUAACAGUUGCGUUAGUGAAGACUGUGGAAUAACACUGUCUUGUAUGUAACACAGUUGUGUUAGUGAAGACUGUGGAAUAACACUGUCUUGUAUGUAACACAGUUGUGUUAGUGAAGACUGUGGAAUAACACUAUCUUGUAUGUAACACAGCUGUGUUAGUGAAGACUGUGGAAUAAUACUAUCUUGUAUGUAACACAGCUGUGUUAGUGAAGACUGUGGAAUAACACUAUCUUGUAUGUAACACAGCUGUGUUAGUGAAGACUGUGGAAUAACACUAUCUUGUAUGUAACACAGCUGUGUUAGUGAAGACUUUGUAAUAACACUGUCUUGUAUGUAACACAGUUGUGUUAGUGAAGCCCAUGGAAUAACACUAUCUUGUAUGUAACACAGUUGUGUUAGUAAAGACUGUGGAAUAACGCUAUCUUGUAUGUAACACAGUUGUGUUAGUGAAGACUGGAAUAAUGCUAUCUUGUAUGUAACACAGUUGUGUUAGUGAAGACUGUGGAAUAACACUAUCUUGUAUGUAACACAGUUGUGUUAGUAAAGACUGUGGAAUAACGCUAUCUUGUAUGUAACACAGUUGUGUUAGUGAAGACUGUGGAAUAAUGCUAUCUUGUAUGUAACACAGUUGUGUUAGUGAAGACUGUGGAAUAACACUUUCUUUUAUGUAACACAGUUGUGUUAGUGAAGACUGUGGAAUAACGCUAUCUUUUAUGUAACACAGUUGUGUUAGUGAAGACUGGAAUAACACUAAAUUGUAUGUAACACAGUUGUGUUAGUGAAGACUGUGUAAUAGCACUAUCUUGUAUGUAACACAGCUGUGUUCGUGAAGACUGUGGAAUAACACUAUCUUGUAUGUAACACAACUGUGUUAGUGAAGACUGUGGAAUAACACUAUCUUGUAUGUAACACAGCUGUGUUAGUGAAGACUGUGUAAUAGCACAGUUGUGUAAGUGAAAGGCUGUGGAGAGUUCAAUGGUGCUUGUAUUACCUUGUAUAUUUUGUACAGUUGUCUCAGUAGUAUAUUUUCUUGUAUUCAGCUUUUAUAUACCGGUACGAUCAUCUUGCAGGGGACUAGAUGGCACCAUCAGAACACACUCAAGAAAACUGACAUUUCUUGUGAUGGACUACCAAAGAUUGCCAGCUUUGUGUGUGUGUGAUGUUGUGGCUCUCUUGUCAGCACUGAGUGCAUGUACACAGAGGCUGGUUAUUAGUGCUGUCUACCGCUGAUUGUAAUUGUUUCGGUUGUGAGUGAUGCCAACUGAAGGAUUGCUUGUUUUGAUGUUUGACAUGAUAUGUGUAUAUUUUUAAUGAGUGGAUACAAUAGUGCCCAAGAGGUAUAUGCUUGAAUGAUUAUGUAAGAAUUCUUUUAUUAUAUUACUUUAUAUACUUGCAACGUUUGUAUUUACAUCUCGAUGUAAGGGACUGACCAUUUGACAUUCAAGGGGGUAAGGGUAGGGGUGGUGGUGCCUGGGAUUUUAUCGAAGAAAAUAAAUUGUCCUUGAAAAAAGAAAUUAUGCUUCAGACCUGUGAAAAAAACAUUACCUGCCACAAAAUUGACAUUGUUGCAAAGUAUUUUUUUGAAAAAAUAUUUCUGGCUCAUCGUUUUCAAAAAUAUAUAUAUCUGGUUUUGCAGAUGAAGCUGAAAUAAUAUUGUAAGCAUCACCCUUAAUAUGAAAUGGUUGGUCACUAAGUAAAUGUAAAAUAAUGGAGGUCUUUCAGAAAAUUUUGUAACAUUGAAGUUCAAAGUCGAAUCCCCAGUACUGAUUUGAUCAGAAAGAGGUUUAUUCCAAAAUUUGAAGGACACUAGCAGUGAAAAUUGAUGGUUUUUCACAGCUGCACUUUGUUACAGACAUCAUGGACAGCUGUUCUGCCAUGUGACACUGAUACAGUUGUACACAGGGUGUUGCACGUCUCACUUGGUAUACAGUGUGCACUCAUGUAGGUUCAUCUAAUAUUUCACAUCCACCUGCCCCUGUUAUGAUAACACUUUAACCUUCUUCUUUUCCUUUUCUAUUGAUUCCUUCAUGUUCACCAGGUUCGCUGUUGUUCCACUGUUUGAUGUAAUCCUACCUUGUAGAAUACCUCACUUACAGCAUAAUCACUGUCUCUGGCAUGUCCUCAACACAGCUGAAACUCCUCUAAUGACCCCAGCCGUCAAACCCCUCUUGUGUCCCCAACCAUCAAUCCAAUACAGUGUCCCCUGCAGUCAAACUCCACUAGUGAACCCAACAAUCAAACCUUUCAAGUGACCCAAGCAGUGAAACCCUUUCAAUAAACCCACUAGUCCAACCCUUUCCGUGACCUAAAAGUCAAACAUCGCUAGUGAGCCAAACAGUAGAAAUUAUCCAGGUAUAGAAUUUGACUAUGUACAUGUAUGCAGUUUUUACCAUGAAGAUCCGGUCUCAAGCAACCGAUGCUUGGUGAUCAGGCACACGGAAUAGGUUGAUGCAUGUCAUUAUAUCCAAAUUGCGUAGAUUGAUGCAAUUCAUGAUAUCAAUCACUGGAUUGUCUGGUCCAGAUUUGAUUAUUUACAGACCACUGUCAUAUUGGUGGAAUAUUGCUGAGUUGGUCGUAAAAAUAACAAACAAAUUGUAUGCAGUCUCACAUUUUGAAAUUGCAAUAAAUACUACUGGAUGUUAACAUUAAUCAGAAAGCUGGUGAAGAAUUAUAUUUGAAUUCAUGAGCACUGUCAAGUACAUAUUAUACAGUUUCUCCUCAGUAAACAGAAUCUUAGUGGAAAAGGGGGCAGUCGGGUAGCCUAGUGGUUAAAGCAUUCGCUUAUUGGAAAUGAAACAGUACGUAAUUUGCAAUUGUUGUCAUGACAUCUCAAGAAUGAUAAUAGCAGUGUAUAAGGAAGAAUCUUCAAUACUGGAAUCACAGCACACUUUGAGACGACCCUAGUUCUUCCUCACCUGACUCCCCACACCCGACUCCCAACACCCAACUCCCCACACUUGCCCCUGCCCUUGACUGUCUCUCCAUGCAUGUGUUACUGUAGACCCUGUAUGUUCACUGGUCUAAGCGACAUCCGUUGGUAUCAUCAUGAAUGAUCAGCAAAUUACAAUACCUAACAUUACCACAUUACUCAAUGGCAUUUUAAGGAUGCAGGAGAUAAAUGUCAAUUCUAAAUUUCAGCAUUUUCUGUUUCCUCUUUUCUCCUCCCUACAUAAAGUAAGUUUUGUGCUGGUUAUAUAUCAUCACAAGAUUGUUAUGAUUGACUUGGAACCGUCUCUAUUUAUCUUCUGUCUAGAUGUUACUAAAAUACUGUCGAUUUUUCCACAUCCUUCAUGAAGAAGAUGAAGAAACACAUCAAAUAACCCCUUCCUUUCUGCCACAAACACACCACCUGUGGCUGAUGAGCAUAGCUCAUGACUGUGGCCAAGGGGCCAACUGCUAGUAUAUGAACCUCACCUUUCGACAGCUUCAGCAGCCUGCCUUGUCCUCAGUACUACAUGCUACAGCUGCAAAAGCAUCCAGCUCUUGCACAAUAUCAUUGUCUAAUAAAACAUUAAUCACUGAA